AUGCUCUUUUGUUUCCUUUUCGUUUCUCCUUUAUUCGCUUUUAUUCAAUAUCUUUUUUUCUUCUUCAGAUUUCUUUUAACUUUUCUUUCAAUUCUGUUUUUCGUUGUUUUCUCUCUUCAUUUUGAAUCACCAGAGAUUAUCUAUUCUUUAUACGCUAAUACCUUUGGGAAAGAUGUGAAUGCAUAUUUUCUCACCUCUUUUUCUUGCAUUUUCUUUCUUUUCUUCUUUUCUUCAUCGCCUUCAUUUUUUUUUUUUUCUUUUAUUUCUCUAUUUCUUUUAUAUUUUUAUUCGUUUUCAAUCAAUUUUGUUGAAUUUUCUUUCUUUUCUUCUUUUCCUCCUUUUUCUCAUCGCCUUGAUUUCCUUUCUUUUAUUUCUCUGUUUCUUUUUUUAUUUUUAUUCUUUUUUCCCCAUAUUCUAAUGCCUUUCUCCUUCACUUUUUACUUCUCUCAUAUACUCGCCUUUAUUCUUCUUCCUUUCUGUUUUCAUUUAUCCAUUAUCACAGACUUCCUUUCUUUGUUUUUUUUUUUUAUUGUUUUUGUUUUUUUAUUCCAACACCUCUCCUUGUCUACUCACCUUUCCUCUUUUCUAUUUUCGAUGAUAUUUCUGUCAUAG